AUUGGAUUUCUCGCGCGUCAGUCAAAUUUCUCUCUACAGGUACAGUAGAGCCCGAGACAGCUGGGCCACGUUGACAGACCUUCAGGUGUUUUUGUUAAAAGGCUGCUGUUGUGGUCGGUCAGUCGGUCAACUUAGAGGCUCUUCAAUUUAUAGAAGAAUGAGUGUGGGUUUCAUAGGAGCGGGCCAGCUGACCCACGCUCUGGUGAGAGGCUUCGCAGCUGCAGGCGUGAUUGCCACCAACAGAAUCACAGCCAGCUCCCCAGACACGGAUCUCCCCACAGUGCAGGGACUGCGGAAAUUGGGUGUCAAUUUCACCACCAGCAACAAAGAGACAGUGAGCAAAAGUGAUGUUCUCUUCCUGGCUGUGAAGCCACACAUCAUUCCUUUUGUACUGGAUGAGAUUGGACCAGACAUUGAAGAUCGUCACCUUAUUGUGUCCUGUGCUGCAGGUGUCACCAUCAGCUCUAUAGAGAAGAAGCUGCAGCAGUAUCGCACUGCUCCAAAGGUAAUGCGUUGCAUGACCAACACUCCAGUGGUGGUGCGUGAGGGUGCCACUGUGUACGCCACAGGCACCCAUGCAGCAUUGGAGGAUGGAAAGCUUCUGGAGCAGCUAAUGGCCAGUGUAGGAUACUGCACUGAGGUAGAAGAGGACCUGAUUGAUGCUGUCACCGGCCUCAGUGGCAGUGGCCCUGCUUACGCGUUUACAGCUGUAGAUGCUCUUGCUGAUGGUGGAGUGAAAAUGGGCCUGCCCAGGAGACUGGCUGUACGCCUCGGAGCCCAAGCUCUGCUGGGGGCUGCUCGAAUGCUGUUAGAUUCAGACCAACACCCUGGGCAGCUCAAGGACAAUGUGUGUUCACCAGGGGGCGCCACCAUCCACGCCCUGCAUGUCAUGGAGAGUGGUGGAUUCCGCAGCCUCCUGAUCAACGCUGUAGAGGCCUCCUGUGUUAGGACAAAGGAACUUCAGUGUUUGGCAGACCAAGAGAAAAUCUCCCCAGCUGCCAUAAAGAAGACGACUCUGGACAAAGUGUUGCAGCAGCCAGGAGUGACUGCAGAAGGUGUUGGAGUCAGAUCUCGUGGGAUCAGUAUGUUCAACAGUACUAAUCCCGGGACCAAAAAGAAGUGAUCAUUUGCUUUUGUCACGCUUGGAAAUGGCACAUUUUAAUGUUACUUGUUACAUCGGUGAAGAUGCUGUAAAUAAACCACUACUGGCAGACGAUGGUUAAACAACAUAAGCUAACCUAGUGGAAUAUCUUCCAGAAAAAAAAAAAUAAUUUGGGAUGAUACUAUAAUAAUUGUAUGAGAAAUAUUGAAUGUUUGUAUUCUGUGCUAUCAUGUCACUUCUCCCAGUCAGUUAGUGGAAGAAUAAUAAUUUCAGUAUCUGUGGUUGAUAUGGCUUUCUAAAUCUUAUUUCAGUCAGUCCUUUCUGAUGUUGGAAAAGUUAGGUUUACUAAAUAACAAUGCAAUUCAGUGGUAUGCAGUGAAGCAGUAAGCCAUGUUCUUCUGGAAGCGGUAUUACGUUCAGCUUGUAUUUAUUCAGUCAAAAUUAUUAUUUUUUAAAUAUUUAACUACUUAAACUUUUAAACAAAAUCGGCUAAAUACUAUAUUUUUUGAUGCAAUGAAACAAAGCAUUUUAUUAUUAAAUAUAAAAAACACA